AUGCCUCAGCAGCACGCCGGCCGUUCUCCCCCUCGAACACCUCCCUCCGAAGCCGUCAACGGAAAGCCUACAAGGAGAGGGAAUCAUCCGCGACCCUCUGUCCGGGAGACCUUUCUAGAUGACUUCAAUGCAGCCGACAACACCAACGAGAGCAAUGAGUCCUGUGACGAGCGAGAUCCUCACGACCUAUCGCUGUCUCCGAAGCAUGCGGCCCGUACCUCCAUCGUCGAUAACAUGCUCCUCUCCCUAGACCAGUUCGUGGCGGGUUCCUCUGUGCUGGAUGACUACCGGCUAUUCAAUUCGGUUUUCGAAACGGACCUCUACGGCCACGGCUCACCGGACUCGUUAGCCCAACGACGGUAUCGUGGACAUACCUUUUCGUCCUCCCUAUCGUCAGAAGUAGACGGCACAUUUGAGGACGGCACGGCCCGCCAUGCGUCCCAACUCCCGCGAGGUCGUCGGAGUAACAGCAGCUCUAACUAUCAUUCCAGCCUGAGGAGAUUUGGAAGCACACGCAGUCGGGAAGGCACCGGCUCACGCGGCCAGCUCUAUGACUAUCGGCCGAGUUCUACUGCGGCAGCAGGGGCUCAUACUGCGAGAAAUGGGAGCAAAGGAAGUGCUUCCUCCCAGGUAGACUUCGGUCCGCCUCUGCUACGUCGUCGAGCGGAUUCAACCGGCGAGAGACGCUCGGCGAGCUUCGACUUUGGUACUCGGCCGCCUUUCAUUCCCUUUUCCGAACCGGUUGCCGACUACGGUUCCUGGUCCUUUAGCGAUUUUGACGCAGCCCCUACGCCAAGUAUUCCUGGAGGCCCCAGUAAAUACCACCCAUCUUCGCAAGGGGACUAUGCAGGUUCGCUCAGCCUGCAGCAGUCACGGACGCCGGUGGCCUCGCGACGGAACAGUAUCAAGUCUCCUCGUGCAAAUUCCAACCGGAAGUCUCGCCCGGAGAACAUUGGCACGGCCACUAUCCGGAGCCGAGAUCUCGACCUGGCGAAUCUGGGCGAUGCAGGCUUAGAGCUUCCGCCUACAAUUCCCUCCUCACUCGACCCGCCUGCGCCCAGCCCAACAAUCUCCUUCAACAAACCAAUCUUUCCCCCGCCGCCUGAACCAGCGCCGGCCAAGGAACGACCAGGUUUCUUUCGACGUGUCUUUGGCUCCAAAGCUCCCACUUUCGGACCGUCCGAUUACAGUCAAUCUGAUUCCCAUUCCGCCCAAGAGACCGACACCAAAGAUAUUAAGAGCUGGAGACAGCCGCUGAAGCACAGUGGGACAGGGCUCAAUUCGGGCCGCGAUGGAAACCAUCAGGUGGUGACCAAAAAGUCGUCCUUCUUCCGCCGGCGGAAGAAGUCCGUGGCUGAAAGUGCCCCGCCUCCGAUCGUGCUUCCUCCGGAGCUGUCGGGCUCCAGGGCAAUGGAAAUCAUGAAGCCGGAGCCGAGUCCGGUCAGUAGCCUGAAAAAGGUGAUGAACCCGUAUAUUAUGGAUUCGAAUGCAUCCGUGCCGGACCAGGCCAAUAAGCCCUCGCAGUCCCGGGCGGCGACAGAUGAUGCGGAAGCCAAGAAUCCAGGAACCACGUCAACGCACAAUCCGCGAGGCAGCCUCCUUACAACCUCCGGUCCCCCUAAGGCCAAAUACAGUUUAUAUCCCGCAGUUUCGUCCGCAAAUAACAAUGAGGCUACAUUUUUAGGAAAUAGUAGUGGAGAUGAAGAGUCCGGAUCGAAGUCUAAUGGUCAGGAUCCCGUCGCUCCUGUUGACCGCCAACCAGGUUCAAGGGCAUCGCGGGAUGGCGUGAGCUCGCGCGGCAGUGAUAUGGACUCCGUGGAUAAAGACCAGGUCUUUGCUUUACCAGGAGGUUUGAAGCCACAGGAGACUGCUGUUUCCUCGCUUUCGCCCGUCAUGGAGAGCUUCUCUCAAAUGAGCGCUAGCCCCACUCACAGUUCUGAUGAUGCUCCUGAAGAAACCAAGGAAAUUCCUGUCUCUGACGUACGCAAAGAUGAGAUUGUUGAUGGCACGAGCCGAAUUUCUACCCCGGCUAAUGGUCCGGGCGGUUCGCCGCGGGCCUCCAUUUCGGAAAUGUCGAACUACUACACGGCAUCUGAGAGUGCCGCCAUGGGCCCGACGGAGCCAAAACUUGCCGAUCUUGCGGAGGCUAGCCCGGAUGAUAUUCCAGCUAGUGAGCCAACUAGUUCGGACAAAGAACAGGCGCAGAUGCUCUUUGAUAGCCAGGAUCAAGUCGUAGGGAAUGAGCCGGCUGCGGCUUGGCUGGGCGAUCCGGACCGAGCCUUCGUCCGCAAGGCGUACAUGGAUCUCUUUGACUGGGCCAAUCUGAACAUCCUGGCAGCCCUUCGAAGUCUGUGUAACCGACUGGUGUUGAAAGGAGAAACGCAACAAGUGGACCGAGUCUUGGAUGCCUUUUCCACGCGGUGGUGCGAGUGCAACCCACGCCACAGCUUCAAAGCUUCUGAUGUCGUGCACACCAUUUGUUACUCGCUUCUCCUGCUGAACACCGACUUGCACCUUGCCGAUAUCGAGCAGAAGAUGACGAAGGCCCAGUUUGUCCGAAACACUAUGCCGACAAUUCAUCGAGUGGCGGCAGAUGCUGCACCGGAUGGCUUCUUUGACCAGCGCGAUGCGAACAAGUCAAAAGCCCAAUCACAAGACCCACCAUCCCUCGCCUCGAACUCCAGAUCUGCUACCACUGACGACCUUGAACGGAAAACUCCAAGUGCUGACAAGCCAACCAAUGGCCCUACAAAGUUGGUAAAUCGACUCUCACGGACGGAUCUCUCGGCCAAGAUGAUAAGCGAUCCUGACAACGACACCGGUCCUCUCGUUAACACUCCGUUCACCGGCACAAUGAGAGCGUGGGAGCAACAAGUGGAAAUGGUGCUGCGAGACUUUUACACGUCGAUUCAGAAGCAGAAGCUCCCGUUGCAUGGUGCCCAAGGGGAAAAGGAGCCGACGCGCUCGUCCUCAAACAACCUACUGGGCCCUCACCCAGGUGGACUCCGCAGGAGCCCGAGUACAGUAAGCAAAAGUGGCUCAGAUAUCUAUCCACGCGGCCGCUCUGCCGAUUCCCGUUAUGGAACGGCACGCUGGUCUUCCAAGCCCAGGUCUCGAGCCAGACUGUAUCCACCUUCUACGAUGGGCUCUAGCCGGACUAGCUUGGAUGACCAGUCUUCCCUCUGGAGUCCGUCGGCAUCCAGUACGUGGAGCAAGUACUCUUCGGGGAAGUUGACCUCUGCGUCGGUGGAUUCUUUCAAUUCAGAUUACCCACGUGGGGAUUAUCAACAAUCGAUCGGCUUUGCCAAUGCCUUGAGUCAAGCCAUUAUCCGUGAAGAUUCGGCACAUUCGAUAGCCAGCUUCGAAGACGCCGAGCGGAACACGCCCCUUCUGGAAGAUGAGACUCUACAGCUUGCGGGCGCCCCCUGGGCUAAGGAAGGAAGCCUCAAGCACAAGCAUCACUUGGAUUCGGUGGAUAAGAGGGCUAAAGACCGCAACUGGAAUGAAUGCUUUGCCGUCAUCCAGCAAGGUUGGAUGCGCCUGUUCUCCUUCAACGCGUCCAUGAAAUCAGUACGGCAGAAGGCCAAGCAACGGCAUCCUGGCGGCGUCGUGGUGGGAGGAGGCAACUGGACGGAAAAUGCGGAAGAAAUCUGGAAGUUUCUUUUGCGUCAAACCAUUGCCAGCGCGCUGCCACCUCCGGGGUAUUCCAAGUCUCGUCCGCAUGUCUGGGCCCUGAGCCUGCCCACGGGCGCCGUACAUCUGUUCCAAGCCGGCACGCCAGAAAUCGUUCGGGAAUUCGUGUCCAGCGCCAAUUAUUGGAGCGCGCGACUAUCCAAGGAGCCUUUGAUCGGUGGCAUCAGUAACAUGGAGUAUGGCUGGAGCGAUGCAGUCAUUAACAGCGCCUUGAUCUCGGCAGAGAGCAGCCGGACUCCUCCUUCCUCGUCAGGGGCGCGACCGAGCAUCCAGAGCUCGAUCCGCAGCUCUAUUGAUCAGCAGGGGGUCCGGCCUCGACUGCCGGCAGAUCGGGUGCACAUUAGCGAUUGGGCCCCUCCGCAACAGAGCAUGAUGGCGUCAGCUCUUCCAGAAGAUGAACAGUUGAAGGCCCUGCAGACGUAUGUUAAGAAUGUGGAGGAGGAACUGCAACGACAUAAUGAGCUUCGACCCGCCAUGAUCCUUGCCUUCUCGCCGCGGCACCCCAAUGCGGCCAAGGCGUUGGCCAACUGGGAGCGCAAGUCGUCGUAUCUGCUGCGGGAGAUUGUGAAGUUCCGGACCUACAUUGACUCGCUCUCCUCGGCCUUGGAGCAGAAGAAACGAAUCUAUACCAACCGGGAAGAGAGCACCCCUGUCGAGUAA